UGAUUCUCCAUUACGCUCCGUCACCAACGGACCCUCUUCUCCAUCAUCUCCGGAUUUAAUCCACCAAUGUUCUCUCUCACUCUCUCUCUCUCUCCGAUCUCCUUCUGUCCCUUACCUUGAAGUCUCCACAGAGAGAGAGAGAGAGAGGGAGAGUUCUUUCUCGUCAUCUGAUCGCCGGAGAUGACACCAUGUCCGUCGAGUCGAAGAUACCGAAUUCUGUCGCACUGCGUCAUCUAGAUGCGACGCCGGCGGCUGUGACCGACUCUGCUGCCUCCCAACAAGAGCUACAGUUGGGUGGGCAGCCGGUAUCCAAGGAGAAGGCCCUUCGACUGGUUGGGCCCUUUGCUACAGAUAAGAUGGGAACCAAAAUGAAGGGCCUAUUGAAAGGCCUCAGAUACAUUUCCCAAAUCUUCGAACCAAACUGCAAGGAACAUGAAAUGGAAAUUGGGUACCCAACUGAUGUUAAGCAUGUGGCUCAUAUUGGAUGGGAUGGAGCUUCAGUGAACACUCCGAGCUGGAUGAAGAAAUUCGGGAGCGCUUCGGAUCUCCCAUCUUCUCCAUUCACUCUUCCUGGAGCAGAAAACGAAUCCACAGGCGCCGUGUCCUCUUUACAAGGAUUGCGGUGCACCACUGCUGAUGUUCAAGACAAGGCAAGCCGCGGAACCCCGGGGACUCCAAAACAGUCACGGCGCCACCAGUCAUCUGGUAACGCAGCGACGGCGGACCCUUCGAAACCCACCAGGCGACAUCUCUCAAACGGCGAGCCUUCCGAUGCACCGGCGGCCGAGCCCUCUGAAGCAACGAAGCCGUCCCGCCGCCGCCUGACUGUGGGCUCGAACGAGGCCGACUCUCCCACGCGAGACUCACCCAAGGUCCCAAAGAACCCUCGCCACAGGAGGCCCAAAGGGGACGGGUCCACGAGGUCCUCCUCCAGGGCAUCUAAGCUGAAGGCUGCAUCCUCGGCUUCGACCGAAGAUGACUCGGCUAAACCUUCCGAGGAGAACCAACUGACUUGAACUUAGAGAGAGAGAGAGAGAGAGAGAGAGAGAGAGAGAGAUUAAGCAAGGAAAGCAAACGAACAAACAAAAUAAUGUGGUUUUUUUCUUCUUCUUCUAAUUAAAUUCUUGCUUUGUAAAUUCGGUGUAACUUACCAAUCAUUCUUUCAUUUUUUUCUUUAUUGUUAUCA